AGAGGAGGCGGCUUUGGCGCGUAGUUCGGGUUGGCGGGAAUUCGGGAGAAGAAGAGUUUAGUCGUUUCCAGUUGCGUUGCGGUUGUUGCCAUGUUGUGUCGCUCUCUCCUCCGCCGCUGCCGGGAUGGGCCUCAGGGUCUGCCAGCCAGAAUUUCCGUACAGCACCUUCUAAAGGGGUAUUGUUGUGCUAUAGAAGAUGACUUUCCAUCUUAUGGAGAAAUAGGGCUACCAGUUCCUCCUUUUGGGUGCACCUUUUCAACAGCUUCAGGUGCACAACAUAUCCUUGCCGUUGCAAAUGAAGAGGGAAUCGUUAGACUGUAUGAUACUCAUACUCAAAAAACGUACAGAAAAGUUUUUGGAGAGUGGCAAGCUCAUUCAAAUGCUGUUUUUGAUCUUGCCUGGAUGCCCAAAGAACACACAAUUGUUACUGCCUCAGGAGACCAGACAGCGAAACUGUGGGAUGCUAUGACUGAAGAAUUGCUGGGGGUAUGCAAAGGACAUCAGUGCAGUCUCAAGUCAGUUGCUUUCUCUAAAUUUGAGAAAGCGGUGUUCUGUACUGGAGGAAGAGAUGGAAACAUAAUGGUCUGGGAUGUUCGAUGCAAUAAGAAAGAUGGAUUUUACAGACAGGUGAAACAAAUAAGUGGUGCCCACAACGUAACAGACAAGCAGACACCAUCUAAUCUAAAGAAGAAGAAGCAGAGCGUAAGAGGGCUUGCUCCGUCAGUGGACUUUCAGCAAAGUGUGACAGUGGUGCUACUUCAGGAUGAACACACCUUAAUUUCAGCAGGGGCAGUUGAUGGUGUCAUCAAGGUAUGGGACUUGCGAAAGAACUACACCACUUACCGUCAGGAUCCAUUACCUUCCAGGUCUUUCGGCUAUCCUGGGAAUAGCACACGUAAACUAGGUUAUUCUAGUCUUGUUCUGGAUUCAACUGGUACCAGCUUGUUUGCUAAUUGUACCGAUGACAAUAUAUACAUGUUUAGCAUGUCAAGCUUUAAGACCACUCCAGUCUCAGUUUUCAGUGGGCAUCAAAACUCCAGCUUCUAUGUCAAAUCCAGCAUCAGUCCAGAUGACCAGUUCUUGCUUAGUGGCUCCAGCAACACGCAUCCCUGUAUCUGGAAGGUAUCUGAGCCCCAUCUUCCUCCCAUUAUGCUCCAUGGUCAUGGUCUAGAAGUCACCUCUGUUGCUUGGUGUCCAUCUGACUUCUCUAAGAUUUCCACAUGUUCAGAUGACAACACCGUCAAGAUAUGGCGCUUUAACAGACGCUGUGUGGAAGCAGAUUGGCGAAUAAAAAAAAGCUUGGUAGGUUGGACCUACCAGAAGAAAAUGCAAGGACAAAAUGGAACUGGAACUCUUUGGAGAAGACACAGUACUCCUGUCAAAGUACUUCCAGCAGGAAGCCCCUCUAUUUCUUCCCCACAGCUUGCAGUUUGCGCUCCAGCUUACACAGGAGAUCUUCCUUUUCCCACCAACACACCUACAUGGUCUUCAGACAACACUCCAACCUUCACAACAAGUACCUCUGCUCCAGCAAAGCAGCAGAUGGAAGGCACAUCACCCAAACCAGCACCUUCCUCAGCAAUGUCCAUUAGACAGUGGGUUACCAAGACUCCAAGUUCAUCUCCUCCUGUGAAAGGAGUGAAGGUGCUUUCUCCACAGAAGGAACUUUCUGGGGCCACAUUUGCUUCUAAGUCAUCACACUUGAGGUCUGAAGUGCGAGCCAAGAGGAGGCUGGAAUCAAGCAAGGAGGUAAAUGCAAAGUGCCUGAAAAGCUGCAACUGUGUCGCUGAACUUCACCCGGUCUCUAAAAAGCCCAGGCUAGAGCAGGACACUCUGGCAGAUUCAAAGCCUUGUGAAGGAAACUGCCUUACCCUUGGUGGAUCAGCCCAAGCCACAGAAAGCCUGAUGAAAGAACCUCUUCCUUCUCCUGGAAGCCCUGGUUCUUCUGCAGGCUUCCAAAAUCUUUCUCGUCUCAAGUCCUCCUGUGAUGAAAUGGCUGACAAGGAGAAUGGUUGUCCUGACAAAAGAAACUGGCUGUCUGCUCUGGGAUAUAAGUUGCAGACUAACAAGUCUAAAAGCCCAAAUGGAACAUGCAGCAGAAAUCAGUUAUUUCAGAAUCUGGACUCAAAACAACAGGAAAGCAGGACAGGAGGACCUAUUUCAGCUACUUCUGUGCCCAUGAGGAAGAUUUGCACAUAUUUUGAAAGAAAAUCACAGAAAAACUGAAGAUAACUGUCCUUCUAGAUCACCUUAAUGCUGUACCAAUUAUGAAAUACCAUAAGUGGAUUU